CAGCCUUACGGACAGAUCUCGGGGUUGUCGCGUGUGCGCCAGGACCGCACCGCGAUCUCUUCCACUGGCGUGCACUCGGUGUGCUCGGCCGAUGCCUCCGGGUUCGGUGGGCUCGGCCUUUGAGUCCGGACUCCGGGUGUCCGGGCGAGUGAUAAAAAAAAAAAAAAAAAAAAAAAUAAGAAGUUCGCUAUGGGCCAAAAUUGAAAAAAGAAAAAGAAAAAAAGAUGCAUCAGCCGCGAAUCGAACGCGGGGCCCAUCGAUGGCAACGAUGGAUUUUACCACUAAACCACUGAUGCUGGUCGACUGCGAGAGCAACUCGAUAAAAUUUGUUACCGACGCACCCCUCGCCUAUCUCACAUACCAAACUAGCCAGAUAGAUCUCACCACAGCGCACAGCGCACCUCGUUCGACUCAUCAGCAGCUCGAGAUCCCUACCCGCCCGCCAGGCCGCACGACCACGUACAGCCAACCGAUUCACCCUUUCCAGAUCCCGAGAUACAUACAUACAUACAUACAUAUACACAGCAAUAACAUCAACCUCAUCUCUCUUGCGCUUUCUAUUCAUAGGUAGGUAGGUGCCUAGGCCCAGACAUGCAGGCACAGCCACAGCCACAACCACAGCGCACUAGAUGUCGGCCCACAGCUGCGAUCUCGCACGCGUAGAGAGCUUAGGGGUAGGGUAAGUGAGUUUUGUAUAACGAGGAAAUG